AUGGCAUGUUUGCCCGUUACCAAGCAAACCAAAAUCAGCGAAUUCUUCUAUGGAAAAACAAAGGACACUUUUAAUAUUCCGACCUCGAACAGCUUCUCGCCAUUAGCAGAGAUAAUAGAUAAAGAAAUUACACCGAAGGAACCACCCACUAAACAACCCAAUAACUCCUUAGACAACACCAUCACGAGACCAAAAGGCCCCAAAAAAGCUCCAACUAUGCCCUUUCAGGCGGAAGACUGCAUCGGAGAACAAGCAAACUAUCUCUCUGAAUUACUGCUUGAACACUCUACUACGUUAGACCUAGUGGCUAAAACCGUGGACUGUAUCUUUAAAUACAUAAGAGACAUCAAAGGCUCCUUAGAGAAUAUUACAUCCUUUGUAGCCCCAAAAGUUAAUGUCAGCCCUGUAGACGUUUCACCGGAGGAUAGGGCUGAACCAACGCCCAGAGUACCUGCCCUAUUACGCUCAACCCCGCAGAUUGGCUGCAAAUCUGAAAACGAACAAUCUAUGGAAGAUUUACACGCCAUAUCUUCCUAUAAUCUUUCGUUACAAGCCACUAGACUUUGUUUAAUUAUCCUCCCCUUCAAAGGUCAGGUUGUUAACUGGUCGUCUACACAUGUCGCAAGAAGGCAUUUAGCUGAGCUUCUGGGCGUAGAUCCUCUUUCCAUCGAUCUGAAAUCUACUGUCCACAUUUACAGCAAGCCACACAUGCAGAGGAUACUGCUCACCUUUGAUUCUAAAAAGCUUCCAACUUAUAUGAUGUCCUUACGAAGCUACCUGACUAAUUAUAGAAUUUUUAUCACAAGAGUUUUUAUCAACACUAAGAUUUGCCCUCUUAUUCCCUACUCUCCAGUUAAAAGGAAAGCAAUUAAAAAUGAGGGCAUUCCAACUACUACGAGCUCUACCUCUCCACCCUCAGACUUAAUUAGUUGGACAGAGACCCCCAUGCCCCUCCUAUCAAAGGCUACUCAUCUUGAGAAUUCGAUGGAGCAGGAAUUACUUGUCUCCUUCUCCCAUCUGCCAAAAGCCGAACAAACAGAGAUAACGGACAGACUAGAUGAGUUAUUACUCUAUCUCCGCAACUUUGAAGAUCUAGCGCCCACAAAAGAGGCAAAUAUUCCACCUAACUUGGAGCGAAAAAUGGGUCAUGAAUCUCCUCAGGUCACGGCAGAACACACACCCCUACUCUGCCCAUCUGAAAUCCACGCCGAAAUCUCUGUGGCGCCCUAA